AUCACAGGAAGUCCAUUCCACCAAUCAGGAUGCAUCUGAAUCCUGGCCAAAAUUCUGCUCAUAAGUUAAAAGUCAGAAAAGACUAUCAUGCAAAGCACCAAGAUGAUCUUAAUCAGACAUAUCUGUGUACUUCUUCUCUCUCAACAGUAUCUGAUUCAAAGUGAGGAUGUUCACCAACAUAUUCCUUUAACCACAGCUGAACACGGUGGAACUAUAACACUGCAAUGUGUGAUAUCAGAAGAAGAUCGAAUGCUAUACUGGUACAAGCAAACUAUUGGACAUUUGCCCCAACGUGUAGCGGAUGAAAUGAAAUUUCAAGAAACUUCAAGUCUUUCGGGAAAACGUAUCUCUGCAAAAAUGGUUGGUAGUAAUUAUGAUCUAAACAUCCAGAAUCUAACUAGUUCCGACGAGGGAAUAUACAUUUGUCAAACCGGAACAGUAUAUGGGAUGAAUUUCAGAAACGGCACCUUUGUGACUGUGAGGGGUAACCAUCUUCAGAGAACUGGCUACCAGACAGUGUUGCAGCAGCCAGAGUCUGAGCCAGUCCAUCCAGGAGACUCUGUGACUCUGCAGUGUUCAGUCCUCUCUGAGUCCUCUACAGGACAACACAGUGUGUUCUGGUUCAGAGCCGGGGCAGGAGAAUCCCAUCCAGGACUCCUUUACACCCAAGGAGACAGGAGUGAAGAGUGUGAGAAGAGACCUGAGACUCCCUCUCCUACACGGAGCUGUGUCUACAGCCUCUCCAAGAACAACCUCAACUCCUCUGAUUCUGGGACUUACUACUGUGCAGUGGCCACAUGUGGAGAGAUACUGUUUGGCAAUGGAACAAUACUGGAUGUUAAAGAACCAGCAGUGGAUGUCCUAGUUAUCGUCCUGGGGGUGUCUUUAGCUGUAUGUGUUGUGUUGAUCAUUAUCCUCAUCUGUACCAGAAAGGCCCUGGAAGUGAAUUCUAAUGAAUGUGACUUUCAUCGAACAGUGAGUGUAACCUGUCACGGACAUGACAAGACAACUGCAGAACAGUCUAGUGGGCAGGAAGGUGAAGACUUGAACUAUGCUGCUCUGCAGUUCUCUGAGAUGAAAGGUAAAAGAGGAAGAAGGAAGAGAGAGACCCCACAGGAGAGUGUGUACUCUGAUGUGAGGGGUUCUGACUGGGAGGGAAGUGGUCAACAGAAAAUCAGUUUGAAGUUCUUUCCACCAAUCAGGUUGCAUCUGAAUCCAGGCCAAAGUUCUGCUCAUGAGUUAAAAGUCAGAAAAGAAAAACUAUCAUCGCAAAGCACCAAGAUGAUCUUAAUCAGACAUAUCUUGGUACUUCUUCUCUCUCAACUGUAUCUGAUUCAAAGUGAGGAUGUUCUCCAACAUAUUCCUUUGACCACAGUUGAACACGAUGGAACUGUAAUACUGCGAUGUGUGAUAUCAGAAGAAGAUCAAAUGAUGUACUGGUACAAGCAAACUCUUGGACAUUUGCCCCAACGUGUAGCGGCUCAAAUGAAAUUUCAAGAAACAUCAAGUCUUUUGGGAAAACGUAUCUCUGCAAAAAUGGUUGGUAGUAAUUAUGAUCUAAACAUCCAAAAUAUAACUAGUUCAGACGAGGGAAUAUACUUCUGUGCAACCGGAACACAGUAUAGGAUGGAUUUCAGAAACGGAACCUUUGUCAUUGUGAGAGGUAACCAUCUUCUGAGAUCUCACUACCAGACUGUGUUGAAGCAGCCAGAGUCUGAGCCAGUCCAUCCAGGUGACUCUGUGACUCUGCAGUGUUCAGUCCUCUCUGAGUCCUGUACAGAACAACACAGUGUGUUCUGGUUCAGAGCCGGGGCAGGAAAAUCCCAUCCAGGACUCCUUUACACCCAAGGAGACAGGAGUGAAGAGUGUGAGAAGAGACCUGAGACUCCCUCUCCUACACGGAGCUGUGUCUACAGCCUCUCCAAGAACAACCUCAGCUCCUCUGAUUCUGGGACUUACUACUGUGCAGUGGCCACAUGUGGAGAGAUACUGUUAGGCAAUGGAACAAGACUGGAUGUUAAAGAACCAGCAGUGGAUCUCAUAGUUAUCGUCCUGGGGGUGUCUUUAGCUGUGUGUGUUUUGUUGAUCAUUAUCCUCAUCUGUACCAGAAAGACACGGACAGUGUGUGAGAGUUGUAAAGUGAGUGUUACCUAUAACGGACAUGACAAGACAACUGCAGAACAGUCAAGAGGCCAGGAAGGUGAAGACUUGAACUAUGCUGCUCUGCAGUUCUCUGAGAUGAAAGGUAAAAGAGGAAGAAGGAAAAGAGAGACCCCACAGGAGAGUGUGUACUCUGAUGUGAGGGGUUCUGACUGGGAGGGAAGUGGUCAAUAGGAAAUCAGUUUGUAAACAUUGUUGAGGUGUCAGUUUACGUUAGCUUAUUAUGUUGUAUUGUAUUAAGUCUGAUAAAAAAUUAUGUUUUAGUGAUUUCUUUGUUUCUAAAUAGUGUAUGUGGUCACUAUAAAUUCAGUUUGCAAAGUUACAUUGUGGCUAGCAUUCAACAAAUGUUUCUACACAUAUUUUUGUAUAAGGUUAGGCUAAUUCAACACAGUGAUUUGGGGUUAUUAAAUGUAACUACGUUGUAUCAAUAAACACCAGUAGUAAGUGUGUUUGAAGCUAUUCAGGUUGUGUAUGAGGUACUUCGUUAUCUUUUCCUGUAGCAGUCUGCAUGCAGGUAGUAGACUAGACUGGACAUUAUUUUUGUGCAAAUAUUAAAUAGUUUCCCCUCUAUUGAGUAAUUAUGACUUUUUUUAUACAAUCCCUACUGUAAAAUGAUGUACUUGCCUGCAAACUCAAACUCCCCUAACCUCCUAAUCAGAUAUGUCUCUUCCUUUUCCUGGUUAUGGUUGUUAUGACGAUGAAGGUCACUACAAAUGCUGUUGCCAUUCAGCACCAAAACCCUGACAAUAAAACUAAACUG